CAGAUGUCAGCUGACCACUUUUUUCUUUGAGCUCAAUCGACGAAUUGUUUGACCUGAAGAAAUAAAUUGAACUACAAUUAAAACAUCAUCAUAAUGGCACUACACUCGGCAAUCAAAGGAAAACUGAUAUCAGUUAUUGGCGAUGAGGAUACUUGUGUUGGAUUUCUUCUUGGAGGAAUCGGAGAAAUAAACAAAAACCGUCACCCCAACUUUAUGGUUGUCGAUAAGAAUACUGCUGUGAGCGAAAUUGAAGACUGCUUCAAGCGAUUCUUGAAACGUGAUGAUAUUGAUAUUAUCCUAAUAAAUCAGAACUAUGCAGAACUUAUUCGACACGUUAUAGAUGCACACACUUCACCAGUGCCAGCAGUGCUUGAAAUUCCAUCCAAAGACCAUCCUUACGAUGCCAGCAAGGAUUCCAUCUUGAGACGUGCACGAGGCAUGUUCAAUCCCGAAGAUUUGGUGCGCUGAUUUCUUGCUUUAAAGAAGCUUAGUCACAUACUUGUGUAUUAUUGUCAGCCGCAUAAUUCCAGCAUUAAUAACAAAUGUUUUAAAAUAGAAUUGCAUUACUUAAAUACGAUGGUAAUCAAUUAAAUUCAUUUCUUUUGUUUA